CAGGUGAACACCAUUCUGUUACAGCGUCAAUUUCAGCACGUGCUGAGUAAUUUCUAUUCAAACGUUUGUGGUUGCAAUCUAAAGUCCGAAGAUCUCAAAUAUAAACUCAAACACGUCUCAUCAAAUUGACCCAAAUCCAGAUUAUUUUACAUUUACAAUCUACAUUCAUUUUAUACCUCAAGGCUCUUCAUGCGUUUCAACAAUUAGUCUAGUUAGUUUCCGUUUUUAUUUCUCCUAACCCAUUUUUGAAGGAACAUUUAAGACUAAAGGUGAUGCUUAAAUGAGAACUCCAUCGGUUGUCCCGCGCUAUGAAAGAGGAACAUCUGAGCAUUUCCCUUAGGAGCUUUUGCUUCACCUCUUAAUUCAGAUCCUUGUUUCAAUCAACACCUCAGAUAAGCAUCCGCUCACGACCCAGCGCUCAGAAACCGUUGCGCAUGCGCGCAGAGAAGCGCGGAGCUGCCCAAGUGCUGAACCCGGUGUGUCACAUGAAAAGACAUUUCAAACACAGACAAACACAUCACACACGAAGCUCUGGAAAUAAAAUCUUCGUUGCAUGACAAUUUCACGCGUCAUCUCUCAUCGCGCACUGUUCAGUUCAUCUGAAUGAGAAGCGCGCGCUGGGUGCGUUUGUCCGCACGCGCCGCGUCCCGAUGUCGUUCAUUUGACACAUCUGAAACAUGAGCAUCUGGACUCGAGCGUUUCUUCCGUGUUCGCCUUUACCCGAGAAAAUCUCCAGCUUUGCGUUAGUUCGGAUGAAAGAAAAGUCGCUGUUUGGAGCGCGUUUCUGAGCCCGCGCGCGUCCAUGUGGGAGAACGCGCAAAGCCGGAGGAAUGACUCGCGCUUCUGCUAAACUCCUAACAACUUUCCUCGCGUGUUUUAUAGAAAUACACAACUUCUUCAGUGUCACAGAAGGAAAAGAGUAUGAAAGGACAUCUUCGUCUGCAAUGUCACCCUCAGAUUUUCUGGAUAAACUCAUGGGAAAGACGUCAGGUUAUGACGCACGCAUUAGACCCAACUUCAAAGGUCCUCCAGUCAACGUGACAUGUAAUAUUUUCAUCAACAGUUUUGGCUCGGUGACAGAGACCACUAUGGAUUACAGAGUCAAUAUCUUCUUGAGGCAGAAAUGGAAUGACCCGCGGCUGGCGUACAGUGAAUAUCCCGACUCAUCUCUGGAUCUGGAUCCGUCUAUGCUGGACUCCAUCUGGAAACCGGACCUGUUCUUCGCCAAUGAGAAAGGAGCAAACUUCCAUGAUGUCACCACAGAUAACAAACUCUUAAGAAUCUUUAAGGAUGGAACGCUGCUCUACAGCAUCAGGUUGACAUUAAUACUGUCGUGUCCGAUGGAUCUAAAGAACUUUCCGAUGGAUGUGCAGACGUGCAGUAUGCAGCUGGAGAGCUUCGGCUACACCAUGAAUGAUCUGAUUUUUGAGUGGCUUGAUGAAGGACCCGUGCAGGUGGCUGAUGGUCUGACUCUACCGCAGUUCAUUAUGAGAGAGGAGAACGAGCUGGGUUACUGCACCAAACACUACAAUACAGGUAAGUUUACCUGCAUCGAGGUGAAGUUCCAUCUAGAGAGACAGAUGGGAUAUUAUCUGAUCCAGAUGUACAUUCCCAGUCUGCUCAUCGUCAUUCUCUCCUGGGUGUCGUUCUGGAUUAACAUGGACGCCGCUCCGGCUCGAGUCGCGCUCGGCAUCACCACCGUCCUCACCAUGACAACACAGAGUUCAGGCUCCAGAGCUUCGCUGCCAAAGGUUUCUUAUGUGAAGGCUAUAGACGUCUGGAUGGCCGUGUGUCUGCUGUUCGUCUUCGCUGCUUUACUGGAAUACGCCGGCGUCAAUUUCGUCUCCAGACAACAGAAGGAACUUCUUCGCUUGAAACGAAGACAGAGACGAAACCUGAAGGAGGACGAGCUACAAGACGGACGUCUGCACUUCACGGCCUACAACAUGACAUCAUGUGUUAAAGACGGAAACGCGGUGAAAAGUCCCUCGACAAACAGCGUCCAGCCGCCGGACGCAGAGCCAAACAGACGCAAGUUUGUGGACAGAGCAAAGAGGAUUGACACCAUAUCCAGAGCGGCGUUCCCGCUGGCUUUCCUCAUCUUCAACAUCUUCUACUGGAUCACAUACAAGAUCAUCAGACACGACAGCGCCAGGAAAGUCUAGACGUGCUCUUUCUUUCUCUGUUUCUGUGGAGACAAACACACGUCUCGUGCGACGAGUAGAGCAAAAUACGAAAGGAAUUAAAGUAGAUUGAUGGCUAGAUUUCAAGUCUGUGAAUAUACGAGGAGUUUAUUUCCUAAAUGAGAUAAAAAAAUCAUGUUUUUUUAUUGUGCAUUCCAAUUAAUAUCAGUCAAACUGCGGUUGGUUUGUUUUGAUUUAAGUCACAAUAACUCAAAAAAUAACACUAACACAAUAAAACACAUGAUGAUAUAAUAAAAAACAGGACUUUUUUAAAGUUAAAAACGGAGUGAUCUCAUUUUGGAAAGAAACUCUUCAUAUGGAGUUGUCAGUGUUUUUAUACACACGAUCAAUGUUUUGUAUGAUUGUCUUUUGAUAAUGAAUUGUGUAGUAAGUCGAGUACAGAAGCACACGAACACAAUCUGAGAUCCAUGUAUAAAUGUCAGUCAUACGGACUCUUCCAGAUCUCAUUCAUGACUCCAUCUGUCUGAUUAUUUUCUCGGCUGUUGUCUUGAAUGCUGUUAAAUGUUGAAGAACAAACAUUCUACAGACUCUCUCAGUACAGUAUCUGGACAUCAAGCUUCACUGCGCUAUAAUAAAAGCAAGAAACUUCAGAACUGACCCACACUUCAUCUGUAUCAGCAUCUCACAGAUCCGACCGUUCAACACAAAACAGCAUUUGAUGCAAAAUAAAUGAAACAUUUUCACUCGUCCUCUUUAAAUGCACAUGCUGCAGCCGCUGUUACCAUG